AUGCAGCCAUCAUAUACUGUGGAGCUUCAAGCGCUCAAGACAGAGUUACAGAGCACGCUAGCGCGUCUAGGAGUAGACCUCGUAAGCUUUGAUGAGACUCGAACUUUUCAUCGUUCAAUAUCUCGACAAGAUGGUGAAAUGCGGCACUCGCGGCGUCGUCCAACGCGCUGGAAUCGCCGCCAAUUAAUACAAGAAGUUGCAGCCGCUUCACAACGACGAAAAGAGUUAGAACGGCAAUUAAAAUUUGAAAUAGAAAACGAAAAAUUAAAGGGACAAGAACAUGAUUUACAAAGCGAACAAGUAGCGUGGGAGACGGCGAGUAGAGCGUUACAACAUCAACGUGUUGAGAUCUUAGGACAGAGUGAGAAAGACACAGAAGGUGUUGCUAGCAAUGUUCUAGAAAGGCAAGACCUCGACUCGAGACAAAGCCAAAGUCGUGGAUCUAUUGGAUGUAAGACUGAUGAGAAUCAAUACUCGAUUGGUGGAGUCGUGACACUGGAACCAUUGUCUUCUUCACACCGACGUCAAGUGACGACUAGUACAAAUAACGUAUCGUAUCAACCCGUAGCUUCCAUGCAUAACUCGAGCGCUGCAAUCACGUCAGUACUUGAUACUUAUCCACGCUAUCGAAACUCACCAGACACACUGAAUGAUGUCUUCUCGCUCCAACUUAAAUUUGCAGAGACGAUGCUGAAACUGGAAAAGUCCGUGCAGAUCCGUGACCAGUUAUUGCAAAAAGAAACAACGACACAAAAGAAAAAAAGAGCCAUAAGGGACGAAAGACAAUGUCAUCAUUGUCAUAAUGAGCAUAGUAUACCUCAAGAAAGCCAAGACAAUGAUUCCUUUAGCUCAAGUGUAUACUCGGAUUCUUCUUUGAAUUCGACGCCGCAUCAAGAUAAAAACAUUCAUGUUAGAAUGUCGAACUUUGGAGUUUCUAGAGCGACUACAGCAGAGACGCUUGCACCUUCCUCAUUUGUUCAUGAGACUUCGCCUGAUUCAGAGACAAAUGCUGUUGGUGCAACUGGUUUAUCACCUACUGCAACUACGCUGGUAACACAUCAAGAGAAUUAUUUCACGAUUGAAGAAGAUAUUCACAGGACACCUACAACAGGUAGUAGUAUCACUACUCCAACCACCGGUAGCGAUCAUAAAUCCAAUACGUCGCCAUCAAAACAGGUCCGUUUCGGCGAAGAGGCAUACUCUACUCCAGUCAUUACUCGAAGAUUCAACUUUGAUGAACCGUCAAUGGAUGAAUUUGAUGAAGAAGAGAAAGAACAAGAGACUGAAAGUUUACUGAGCUUUCUUAACAGUUCGAGUAUAAGUAGCGCAGAGCUGAACAGUGCAUCCUUCCUACAAGCUUUUGCGCGCUUUCGUUGUGAGGUGAAUGAAGCGAAAUAUCCAAUGAUGCAAUCGCCAGUAAAAUCACCAGUGGCAAGAAACUUUCGUCAAGCUUCAAGCGAUUUGUUGAAAAGGAAUGAUUCUAUCAAAAAAGAAGAACCCACUGCAGUAUCAUCAGAGUUUGAUCACAUGAGUGUAGAUGAACUGCAAGAGCGUCGGAAGCAGCUCUGUUUAGACAUUCAAGCGGAAAGUGCUCAAUUGGUAUUAAAGUAUGGAAGAUUGCACGAUGGGACGAUCGUUGAAUCAGAUAAAGCGGAGGAAUUAAAAACUCGAUUAGUCGCAUUGCGAGAAGAACUCCGAGCUAUUGAUCUGUGCUGUAAUAGAAAAAAUCAUACUAACGUUUAG